AUGGCCGAAUUAGAAGAAACCCAGACUACGGAGGAGACGCUGUAUAUACUUGUGAAGGUUUCAAACGAGGAGGAGGAGACGACGACGCUUAAAUACCUGGAUUUCGUUCAAGACGGUGCACUUUAUGCUAUCUCCGUCUUCUCAAGCUUGUAUGAAUUCGCAAAGGCAAAUUCCGGUCAACUCAAGCCUGGCGUCGAGACUGUCGAAGGCACUGUUAAGGCAGUUGUUUCGCCGGUUCUUUAUAAGUUCCAUGAUGUUCCUUCUGAUCUCCUCAAAUUCGUUGAUCUAAAGGUAGACGAGUCAAUAAGAGAGUUGGAAGGUCACGUACCAUUGUUGAUCAAACGAGCUUCAAGUCAAGCUCUAAUGGCGGCUCAGAAAGCUCCUGAGGUAGCACGAGCAGUGGCUAUGGAGUUACAGCGGUCAGGAGUGGCGGAUACGGCUGUGGAGAUUGCCAAGACUGUUUACUCUAAAUGUGAGCCGACGGCUAAGGAGAUGUACGUGAACUAUGAGCCUGUUGCAGAGUAUUAUGCUGUAAUUGCUUGGCGAUUUCUGAAUGAUCUUCCAUUGUUCCCACAAAUGGCGGGGAUUGUUUUGCCAACUGCAGCACACUGGGCGGACAAGUAUAAUGAAGCUGUUUCAAGUGCGGUGGAUAGAGGGUACACGUUGGUGAAUUUCAUGCCCAUGGUUCCUAUAGAGAGGAUUGCUAAGAUCUUUGAGAAUUCUCCAUAUGAGCCAUGUUCUUCAUCAUCUUCUUCCGAGGAGGAGGAUCAUGAUGCUAUGGCGGUGCCACAGUGAUGGAUGAUGGUUAAUUUAUAUUUGCGCU